CAACUGUGUCCAGUGUCCAAACGAAAUUGUUUUUGAAUUUGUAAAUUUGAUAACUUUAAUUCAAUAAAAUGUAUUCCUUCAACGUGUUUGUUGCUGCUGCCUUGUUGUUUCAUAGCCAUUGCACGGCGUACCAACUAGAAAGUCCGUCGGCGGUCAAGGUGGUCUUCACACAAACAGGCCUCAACCUCAUCUCACUCCGCAUUGCAAACGUCAUCGAGAACAACUUGAAACACGUUCCAUUCAAGAAAUGUGACGGCGAAAUACCGCUGCUUGCCGGCAGAGUAGAUUACUCGAUUUUCGACAUAACGACAUUUCAGUUUCACAAGCCGACAAUAAGUUCAAAAAUAAACCAAGCCGACAACUCAGUAACGAUGAACCUGAUGAGUGAGUCUGCCUCGAUAAGUGGCAGGUGGAAGUACAACUACAGGUUCAACUUCUUCCAGAGUUCGGACACUGGCUCCUUCAUAGGCCUCAUCGAAAACAUUGAAAUGUCCUUGAAGAUGAAUGUCGAAGUCAGCAAGUCGUCGCAGUUCACGCUCUUCUCGGAAACGUGCUCGGCCAACAUCACCGGCUUGAAAAUAAACAACAUCAACAACGGAAAUUGGGUCUACCGCUACAUCAUGAGAGACUACACUUUCAACUCCAAGAAUUUGAUAACAAAGAUGUUGUGCGACGAUGUUCAAAAAAUUCUGACGAGAGAAGGCAACAGGAGAUUGGAGACAUUCAACUACAGAACGAACAUCUCGCAGAAGCUCACCCUCCUGUACCACCCGGUCAACGCUCCGACCUACCAGAGCACCAACAUGCAGUUCGAUCUGAACGGAUUUUUCGAAGAUGACCUGUCGUCAAACGAUCACAUAGCGAGCAUGACUGCACCGUCAGGUUACAUGCUGGGGAUGGCUUAUUCGGAUGCUCUUUUCAACAGUGCCGUCAGGGUCAUGUUCAAAAAAAAUCUCCUCAAACACGUUUACAGAAGUGAAAAUUUCAAAGUUUUAGAAAAAAUUGAAAUUCCUACUUCUUUUCUGAAAGAUAUAAAAAGCAUAAUUGUGAAGAUAUCAGCCAUCAACAUACCGGUCAUCUACACCAACACCUCUGGAAUGUUCUGCGACGCCAAGAUACACAUACAGUUCUUCACUAGCAACUCCUUUGAUAUUGAGGGGGAAUUCGUUCGCUUCAACGUCUCCACCCACAUGUCGUUCAGGUUGAAAGUAACAAAAAACCACAUCAAAGCAAAGAUUGAAGACAUGAAGCAUGUGAUGGAAGACCACCUUUCCUUCAUGGGGAACAUCAAAAUUGAUGACAGACACUAUCUCAUCGAACAGGCUCUGAAACUUUUUCUGCAGCCCUAUAUAAACGACGAAUUCAACAAAGGCAUUCCGCUUCCCGGAGUAGAUAAAAUAUUUUAUUCUGACGGUCUAGUGAAGUACGAAAAAAACUAUGUGUCGUUUGCUUGUGAUUUCUCUAUUGAUGCUUCUAAUUCCAAAUGAAACUUGAGCUUGUAGUGAAUGUUGUUGAAGUUAUUCUUGUUUAUCAAUUUUGAAUUUUAUACAAAUAUUGUUAACGAAAAUUGUGAAAUAACUUAUUUUAAGAAAUUUAUAUUUAUAAUUUUUUAUACAAACGAAUUCGUAAAAACGACACAUUUUUCUCAAUUGCAACAUUUUUGAUGUUUUGAAAUUCAGAUAUUUAAGUGUUUUGCAAAUUAUUAGUGGAACACUCAUAUUGGUAAUAAAAAGC